AUGUGUGCUGCAGGCCACACAACCUACUACACCAUGUGUGCUGCAGGCCACACGACCUACUAUACCAUGUGUGCUGCAGGCCACACAACCUACUACACCAUGUGUGCUGCAGACCACACGACCUACUAUACCAUGUGUGCUGCAGACCACACGACCUACUACACCAUGUGUGCUGCAGACCACACGACCUACUAUACCAUGUGUGCUGCAGACCACACAACCUACUAUACCAUGUGUGCUGCAGGCCACACGACCUACUACACCACUUGUGCUGCAGGCCACACGACCUACUACACCAUGUGUGCUGCAGGCCACACAACCUACUACACCAUGUGUGCUGCAGGCCACACAACCUACUACACCAUGUGUGCUGCAGGCCACACGACCUACCACACCAUGUGUGCUGCAGGCCACACGACCUACUACACCACUUGUGCUGCAGGCCACACGACCUACUACACCAUGUGUGCUGCAGGCCACACAACCUACUACACCAUGUGUGCUGCAGGCCACACGACCUACCACACCAUGUGUGCUGCAGGCCACACGACCUACUACACCACUUGUGCUGCAGGCCACACGACCUACUACACCAUGUGUGCUGCAGGCCACACGACCUACCACACCAUGUGUGCUGCAGGCCACACGACCUACCACACCAUGUGUGCUUCAGACAACACGACCUACUACACCAUGUGUGCUGCAGGCCACACGACCUACUACACCAUGUGUGCUGCAGACCACAGGACCUACCACACCAUGUGUGCUGCAGGCCACACGACCUACUACACCAUGUGUGCUGCAGGCCACAGGACCUACCACACCAUGUGUGCUGCAGGCCACACGACCUACUACACCACUUGUGCUGCAGGCCACACGACCUACUACACCAUGUGUGCUGCAGGCCACACGACCUACCACACCAUGUGUGCUGCAUGCCACACGACCUACUACACCAUGUGUGCUGCAGGCCACACGACCUACUACACCACGUGUGCUGCAGGCCACACGACCUACUACACCAUGUGUGCUGCAUGCCACACGACCUACUACACCACGUGUGCUGCAGGCCACACGACCUACUAUACCAUGUGUGCUGCAGACCACACGACCUACUACACCAUGUGUGCUGCAUGCCACACGACCUACUACACCACGUGUGCUGCAGGCCACACGACCUACUAUACCAUGUGUGCUGCAGACCACACGACCUACUACACCAUGUGUGCUGCAGGCCACACGACCUACUACACCACGUGUGCUGCAGGCCACACGACCUACUAUACCAUGUGUGCUGCAGACCACACGACCUACUACACCAUGUGUGCUGCAGGCCACACGACCUACUAUACCAUGUGUGCUGCAGGCCACACAACCUACUACACCAUGUGUGCUGCAGACCACACGACCUACUACACCAUGUGUGCUGCAGACCACACGACCUACUACACCAUGUGUGCUGCAGGCCACACGACCUACUACACCAUGUGUGCUGCAGACCACACAACCUACUACACCAUGUGUGCUGCCUAA